AUGCUUGGGCGCUGGAGGCGCGCAAGGGGCCGGGGGCGCGCCCUCCCGCGCCGGCCGCCCUCCCGCGCCCGUGGGCUACGUUCGCUGCUGGCUCCGGCGCGCUCGGCCGGUCCCGCCUCCCGUGGUUUUCGCUUUCGCUUUCCCGCUGCUGUGCAGGGGAACAAAGUGGUCCCGGCCGGCGUGAGCUGCGCUUCGGGCGAGGGGCGCGGAGGCGGCGGCCGGACCGGCGAGAUGGCAGCAAGUCCUGGGACUCCCUGCUCUGUCCUCAGGCUGGACAGCAGAGGAAGAAAAUGGACUCCCUCCUCCUGGGGACUUGCUAGAUCGCCAGUCAUGGGCACUGUGCCAAGCUCAUCACAUAUCUCUCCUUCACUGAAACUUCCAUUCGUCCCUGAAGAUUCUUCCACCCUCACCAUAUGCCCUAUGCUGAGAGCCAACCAAAGACCCUGGCCACCUGUCUCCCUGGUUUCUGGCUUCUGGUCAGCUUUGGCUAACGGAGAACACUGGCAAGAGAUCCAAGAACAGAAGAAGAUGAGGUCAAAGUUUAUUCCCCUUGGGUCCGGUCCCAGCAUGCGCAGUGUCUCAGCAGGAAACAGCAUGCAGGGAUCAAACUCAGGUCACCAGGCUUGCAUAGCAAGUGUUUUACCAGCUCAUCAGCCCUGCGCUGGAAUUGCUGCUCAUCAUGGCUUUUCUGUCUGCGUCUUCUCGUCCCGUGUACUUAUGAUGAGGAUGCCACAGGAAGGAGAGACGCGGGGAGUACCGCUUACUAAUUACUAAAAUAGCCAAGUCCGGCGCCUGUGCUGAGCGCUCUUUGGUUGCCGCACCCACCCAGGCCUGCUCCAGUUGCUUCUCUGGAAGCACACCUUCCAAAAUCUGGCCUGGGAAACCUCAACCAGGCUCCGUGCCCUUAUGCUCAGUUGGACUUGCUGAUUUACGACCCCAGCUGGGGGUCGAGAGGAGGAGGUGUGUGAUACUGGGGUGCCCUGUCUCUUAGCUCCCUCCUUUGCUAGGCCUUGGUCAGCAGAGCAGAGCCUGUGUUGUUCACUCUCAAACUGGAGCACCAGGCAGAAGCCCUCUCCUGCAGCUCUGGGCUUCCAGCAACCUGUCCUAGGGAAUGUGGGGUUUGUGGUCCCAGCUCCCUGCUGUGCUGCUCUGCUUCUUCACCUCCCCUUGGGUCCCUCUCAACCCUGCUCACCCACUUGUAAACAGACCCUUCCUUAAACUCUCCUCUUCUGUGGACGUGGGGUGGAGAAAGGGUGCGUCUGUUUUCUGCUGAGACUCUGACCUGUCCAGAAACCUUUUCUGAUUUGCAUCUAAUAAAAGAAUAAAUAGUUCCCUCACUGGGUCUCAAGAGCCUGAGACAGGUCCUGGCUAUGAGCUUUGUAAGACACCCAGGCCACACGGGGGUUGCUGGGGCUGCUACUGCUGCUGUUGUUGAUACCCUUGCUUUUAACUGCACUGCAGAUGAUGGAGGGGACCAGGUUAGUGGCUUCUCUCUACAGUUUGGAGAAGGAAAAUAAGCGUGUAAAUAAAGAGAAACCAGGAGAGAGGCUCAGUGAUGACCUUCAGAAGUUACACAGCAGGUUGGAAAUUUACCAACAGUUUGGGGAGAGGAUUCAGUAACUUCCUGGAGAGCAGGUCUUGCUGGGUCUGGAAGGUAAAAGUUGGAUGUUUGGGGGACCUCCAGGCCAUGUCCUGUGGGAUUCCCCGAGGCCUCUCAUAAGGAAUCCUGAGGUGAACCCUCAUCGCUUGUGUGAUACUGAUACUCUAAAGAGGGUCAUGUGCUUGACGGUCACUGUCAUUAAGGACAUGCUGGAACCCAGGAAGGCCUCCUCACAUCCGAGAAGCAGCCCAGAGCCGGCUCUGCUGGCCCUCCACUAAGUCCACCUUGUGUCACUUCCCUGCCUAGACACUCCCUAGAUUCUUUUGCCACCUUGCUUGAAUGGCCCCUUAGCCUGCCCUAAUUUGUAUAAUGUCUUCUUUAAUUUGUAUAAUUCUUUGAAUCAUAUAUAUCUUCAGAAAAAGAAA